ACCGAGAUGGCUGCUCAUCUUCUACAUGUUUUUGCCUUAUGCUUGAUCAACGGAGCGAUCGCAUCCGAAUGGAGCUAUGCCGAUAAAGACCAGUGGCCUGUGGAGUUCCCUGUGAGCUGCAACGGGCAACACGAGUCUCCCAUCAACAUCGUGAGACUGCAGACGAGGUGGGCCUGGCUUAGCCCGGCCAUGCCCUUCCAAUUUACCGACUACCACACGGUGCCUACAUCCAUGACUGCGGUCAACAACCACCACACGUUAUCAACAACUGCUACGUAUGUCACGAAGCCUCGCAUUAGCGGCGGUGGCCUCCCAUACACUUACGAGUUCGUUAACUUCCACUUCCACUGGGGGGCGGACGAGUCCCAGGGGUCUGAACACACCAUCGACACUGUUCAGUACCCGCUCGAGCUCCACAUCGUGCACUCCAGGGUAGAUGAGACUAUGGAUGUAGCUCUUACCCAACCGCAUGGUUUGGCGGUGCUUGGAAUUUUUUUCGAACUUUCGAUGAGCGACAAUCCUGCCCUGGAGCACGUGCUGAGCUCUAUCGACGUCAUCAACGCCGCACCAGAUCUUACGGCACAAGUCGUGAAUCCGUACGCGCUGGCUUCGCUGCUACCCGACGACGUGCGCCGCUUCUACCGCUACGACGGCAGCCUCACCACGCCCGUGUGCAACGAGGCCGUCGUCUGGACCGUCUUCGCGCAGCCCCUCCACGUCUCCAGGGCUCAGCUGGACAAACUGCGUAGUCUGGCUGACGGCCACGGCGGACAACUCCAGAACAACUUCCGCAACCCGCAGCCGCUGAAUGGCAGAACCGUUUACCGGACUUGGCCGUAGUCGACGACUCGUUGCAACACCACGCCUUAAUUACUCGAGGUUCUCGGGGCAGAUACUAAUUUGAUCACAAUAAGCAGUCGCCAAAUAUAUUAGUAUGAGCGGGCAAUUACGCUCAUUUCGACCUAGUUAGUUCUUAAAAAUUGCUAUGUAAAUUUCAGUGAUUACAUUCGAGCCGCCGAGAUUAUUUUAUUCAAAUAAUAGAGAUUAUUUUAUUCAAAUAAUCAUAAUCGGGUGGCCAUUUGACCUUUAUACUAUCUAGAAUAAUAACAUUCGAUGGAAUUUAAUUGGCAAUAGCUUUAAUAUUUUCAUACUAU